UAUAAAUACAGAUGUGAACCAGCCACCUUCACACUGGUUCUUCAGACAGGACAGCGUCAAUUAAAACACACUGACUAAGACUAAAACUGAACACCAUGAAGGUUCUUGUGGUGCUUGCACUUGCUGUAUUUACAGGUUGCCAGGCCAACCUAUUCUACGCUGAUGAGCCCAAGCCACAGCUGGAGCAGCUGACUGAUGCAUUCUGGAGCUAUGUUUCCAAGGCGACACAAACCGCAGAGGAAACCGUCAAGAUGAUCAGGUCUUCCCAACUGGGACAGGAAGUCAAUGCUAGACUGACCCAGAGUGCCGACAUGGCCAGCGAAUAUGCCGUCACCCUCAAGAAACAGAUGGAUCCUCUGGCUGAAGAGCUGAUGACCAAAAUCACCAAGGAAGCUGAAGUGUUGAGGGAGCGUUUGGGCCAGGACCUGAUCACUGUGAGAGACCAGCUGGAGCCCUAUGCUGACAACCUCAAGAGCCAGAUCCAGCAGAGAGUGGAGGAGCUCAAGACGGCCAUGACUCCAUAUGCAGAUUCCCUGGAUUCUGAGACCCUGAAGGCCACUCUGCUCCAGAAGAGUGAGGAGCUGAGAGGAAACCUGGAGCAGAGCGUGAAGGAGCUGCAGGCUCAGCUGGAGCCCUACACUGCUGAAAUCAAGGAGAAGGUUGACCAGCGUCUGCAGGAGUUCCAGAAGACCGUGAGCCCUCUGGCUGAGGAUCUUCAGACCCAGAUUAGAGAGAGAGCCCAGAUGGUCCAGCAGAGUCUCACACCCUACGCUGAAGACCUGAAGGAAAAGCUGGACCCCUACGCACAGGACCUGAAGGACCAGCUCACCUCCCUGUACGAAUCCUUCAUCAAGAGAAAUUAGAUGCUUCAAAGACUUCUUCCUGUGUCACUAACAGAACUGUUUUUCCUUCCAUGAGCAUUGUGACUCCAAAUUCCCAUUUCUCUCCAUAACCAUGACCUACAUUAUACUAUUGGGCAUUAACAAGAUCUUUUUGGUCUUAUAUCUUAAGGUUGAUAGACCAAACACUAAUAUACAGGAAAGGUGAUUUUUGGCUAAAAUCCGUUUCUGAAUAUUAUGUCCAGUUGCGUAGAUCAUCAUAGCUGAACUGUCAUUCUAAAUAUUACAUUUAUGCUAUUCAUACGUUAUUUUUUUAUCUAAUUAAGUAGCCGUCUGAAAAUGUAUCAGGCUUGCAUACUUUAAUAAAAUCCCCAGAC